UCUGUCUGUGCACACACGUACAAAUUGGGCAUUUGUGCACAACACUUAGGAUAAUAGAUAUUGGGUAGAAGAGCUAGUCAGCCUGGAUAAGAUCACAAGAGGAAUGAUUCAGGAACACAAGAGCCAGAAACACUUUAAGCGGUCAAGAGCAUCUCAACUGAAGAACACCUUAAUAACAUCAGCAAACGUGGGGGACAGGAAGUGAUUGUGUACCGUAUAGCAAUAUAUCAAGGCUCAUUGCUUCAGAUCGUGGUUCAUCUACUAGCUCUCCCUCUCCGGAUAAGUCCCUAGGAAAGGUUCUAGAUCUACUUUAAUCUCAAAAUACAGUGACAAUGCAGACCGCAAACGAGCUGAUGUACAACACCACCACAGAAGAGUAUGAGGUCCUCAACAUUUCUUUUGCAACGACUAGUUUGCCUGCAACUGGUGCCGCCGAGAUCAGCUGUUUUAUCGAUGCCCAGCUAGCGUUUAUAGCAACAGCAACUGCUGGCGGCAUCAUCCUGGUCCUUCUAACCUCCACCAUAGUGUUGGCAUGUACCGUCUCAAGCCUGAAACGUCGUCACCGGGCCCCUCGUCCAUCCCGAAGCAAUGCAGACCUAGUGAGUGGAACGGGCUACUGGGGUACCGAGAGAAGAGAGGGCGGCAUUGUGGGUCCAUGCGAAACCAGCGUUCUACUGGAGGAGGUAAAGACAGACGGCGAGGAGGAAGAGAUCCAUGAUGGCGCGGCAGGGCCGAGCCAAUACAUCACCACUUCUAACGCAGCCGGUGAUUCAGAGAGCAUCCCGACAGCCAUGCAGAGCUCAACCUCCAGGGAUUCUUGCAUAGAUCCCAUAAGUUUGGAGAAUAUGCCUCUGAUGGUGUAAAGUAGAAGAGCUUUUUUUGUAUGCUGGGCUCUGAUGUCAGGCAUUUUACUUCUCUUUUUUGCCUUUUUUAAAAUGUCUUCAACAUCUACUGCAGUAAAAAAGCAAGCUAACAAAAGUUCCCAGUUACAAGUGGUCAUACAGGGUUUUUCAGAAUUGUUUAACUAACUACAAUUUCUGCUCAUCCUGUUAAAAGGAAUUUUCUUGUAAUAUUAGAUGAAUUUGAUGGGUCAAAUAGUCAGUAAAUGGAAAACUUUGACCUUUUCACAGAUGAGGUCAAUGCAGUUUUCUCAUCUCAAUCAGCUAUGGAGAUCUGUUUAGUCUGUUUAGGAUGACAAGGACAAUAAGAAAAUGAAAUUUCUGUGUAUGAUUGUAUAUUUUGUGAAAUUGGUAUUUAACAUCAGUAUUGACUGAAAUUUUUUUAAUACAGCAAGCAGCAGCACAUACCCAGAAAUCGAAAAGCACAUUCACUUUCUGUAGAUGGAAGCGAAAUAGAUGAACGCUAUACUCUGCAUAAAUAGCAGACCACAAUGUGCCUAAAACUGGUGUUGUAAUUUCUACAGUAAUUUCCACUACAGUCACCUGCAUUGCAAAAAUAAUGAACACGCAUCUGCCAUUAGUCAGUCAAACAGUUUAGAUGGAACAGACUACGAAUUACUUAUUUAUAUUUGACUCCAAAUAUUAAGCAGGGACAAAAGAAAUCACACACUUUAGCUUUAAAAUGGGUAAAGCAAUACCACACAGCCUUAAAAAUCCUAUAACAAUGAGCACGUUUUCUAUCUCAGAACACUGACAUCUCAAUAUAAAUAAAAUGAAAUGCUAAUGACAAAAAUGCUUGUUCUGUUUAUCAUUUACAACCAGAUUUUGAUAUUGCCUGAGUGUUGCAAUGCUACUGUUAAUAUAGUUGGCAGAUUUUGAAGGUAUUAUUGGUGGUUGAAAAGGAACUUUCCAAGAUUACAAAAUGAGAGACAUGAGAUAAUUUCUCUUUAGAUGGCUUCUGCUCUGCAAAGAAUUCUUACAAUUAGAUAAAUCUGAAGAUAAUUAAUAACCGUUCUUUAAAAAAAAAAAAAAAUUAACAUCAAUGCUUUAAAACACACAUUAAAAAUGAGCCUCAUAUCCUAGAACAGAGUUUAGACAGAAAAAAAGUGCUUCUGUUUUUCAUACUCCGUUACCACAGAUUCUUUCCUCAGAAAAAAAAAAACAACUGCUAUUAGCAAAAACGAAUGCAGCCAUUUCACAGCUUCAUUUCCUGUCAAGUGAAGUGACAGUUCCGUAUUCAUCUCUAUAUACUUCAGUCUUUAACAAAUGCUUCAGAGGAUGCCUGGGUUCUCUAAGGACACCAUGAGGACUACUCUUUGCACACUUGUCUUCCUCUUCUCUCUACCAUGGAGUCUAAAUGGCCAUUUAACAACCAGCAAUAAGAAUAUUGCGGUAACAAACCCAGCAGAAAAUGCAUCACGGCAGAGGGACUACACUACUGAUUCUGGAACAGAAAACGUGGUUUCACUUUCAAGAAGGGUUCAGACGCAACAACUUACGAGUCACUCUGAGCAGCGAGAGAUCAGGCUGAGGACAGCCAAUGAUGAAGAUGAGACAUCAAGGACAAGGAGGGAUGUACAUUAUGACAAACACAACUUUACUACUACGUCCACACACCCUGAAGCGCAAAUGCAGGACGAGGUAACUCAAAAAAAGGAACAACAAAAACCAACAGAAAGUUCCCGCAGACCACAUAUUACAUCUCUUUUGCAAACAGAGAAUGCUACAGAAUUUAAUGUCUUUGCUAAACCAUCCGAUGCCACAAGAGCAGAUGUUUCGGCAGAGGAAAAGACGAGCAGUGGACUUUCUGAGACACAGAAAGCCACUCAGGAAACACCUUCUACUUCCGAUUUCUCUGGGCUUUAUGAUGCGCAAGCAAAUACAAGAGUCAUGGAAACCAGCAACAAAGCCAGCACAAAUAAAGAUGUUCCAAUAGCCCAGCCCACAAUGGAGACUUCAGGCCAACCAAGCCCAAUGACUCAUGCCCACACUUCCGCAAUAGCAACUGUGGCAGAUUUCAAAGGGACUCUAAGCACCAAUGGAGUGAAAACCACAGAGGUGAAAGAAGUCACAGACAAGUGGACACGCACUCAAGGACCUGAGCUUGAGACUUUAUCUACGACUAAGCCAAAGAUGAUGUUGACGACCACUAGAAAGACCACCAAAAAGCUAAGACCUCCUCCACCAAAAGACAAGCAGCAAGCGAACCCAGGUCCUGCUGUGGGGGCUGUGAUCGGCACCACAUUUGUCUUGAUGUUCAUAGCCAUAAUCUUUAUCUUGGUAAGGAAAAGCAAAAUGCAAAGAAAGCAGCUAGAAAAUCCCGAGUGGGCCGGACCCUCACCAUUUCUGGAUGGCGACGUUCAAGCGAACCUGCCAAAUACGGAAGAAUCCGAGGCCAUCAAUAGACAAGGCUUCAACCAGAUGUCCAGAUACCUCUCCCAACGGCUCUCAAAACACCUGACAUUCGGGAGGAACUCAAGUGAGGAAGUUCUCAUGGGGGACAUCCUGCAAGGAAGCACGUUUGGCAGACAAAAUCCAGAUGAGGUCCAAGCCCCCAAUGGGAACCCCAUAGCUGCUCAAGACUCAACCGAGACAGAAGAAAACAAAAUCCUGGAAGGUCAAGAAUCUGUGCACUCUUCUGAUACCAAAACACCUACGUCAGGAAGUGAACAAGAAACUGUGAAAGAAUCAAAGCAGACUGAUGACCUCACUGCAUCCAUGUCUUCUGGCCCGGAUACUGUAAUUAAACCUCCUCUACCUUUAGUGUCUAUAGAUCUUGAUUCACUUUCAGAAGAAGCAGCUCCUUUGCAAACAUCAGAUGGUGGGAUUAUUCCACCAGCUCCACCACUGCCCUAAUCUCAUGUGACUAUCUACAAACCAACCAACAUACUCAAAUUUUCUUUCUAAAAAUCAAACAAAUUAUGUAAACAUGAUUGCUUGUGACCUUGAUGCAUCAAAACCAAAAGUUCAGGACAUAAUGAAGAGGUUGUGGUUUUUAUUAGCCAAUAGGCUUUAAUUAUGUCACAAUUGGUAAUCAUGAUACGCUACUUGCCAAUCAAUGGCAGCUUCAUCUGGAGAGAAUCUGACUGGACAAAAAGCUGUGUAGUUCGUGAUGAGUCAUCAAUAUUCUUGGUCAGGGGUGUCCAAUCCUUCUCCUGGAGGACCAAUGUCCAGCAGAAUUUAGCUCCAACACACUUGCCUAGAAGUUUAUAGUAAGUCUGAAGAUCUUAUUCAACUGCUUCAGGUGUGUUUAAAUAGGGUUGGAGCUAAAUUUUACAGGACAGUGGCCCUCCAACAGGUUUAGACACUGCAGUUCUUGGUUGAUUUACCCAGAAGAGAGCCUGUACAUUUUAAAUCUGUAUAUCUGCUUAAGGUUAGUGCAAGCACACCAGCAUAUAGCUGCUUCAAAGCUAAGAACUAAGAGCUAACAAAAAGAUUUCAUUAGGUCUUUAAAACGUCAAUGCUUUUGUCAUUUUAAUACUUUAACAGCUAAAAGCAAAAGCAUGUAUGGCUAGCUCAUGCAUAAAAUCCACAGCAUGUCCAGUCUUCGUUCUUAAUAACUUAAGUGUGUGUGAGAAAGAGAAUGUAGCCUUAAUACCCAGUUUGUGAAUGAAUUACUGCAUUGCUAUAGCUACUGGGAGCAUGUCUGAGCUUCAAACUGAGAGGAACUGUCAGACGAACAGACCCAAUUGCAGCUCACUCUAAAAAUACAAAGUGUUGCAACAACACGGUCUUGUGUCCUUCUUUCCUUCAGCUGU